CUGGGGGUCCAUUUUUUGUCUGUUCUUACUAUAGUUAUAACCCAAAGUAAAUAGCGAUCCUCGUUACAUGUUGGAAUUAACACAAGUACCCUCCAUGCGGUUUCUCAUAAACACUUGAUGGUUAUAAUCAAGUAGCGAGUUAAGAGGAAUUCGAGAGUAUAAGUCACCGAGUAAAUACUGGUGUCAUCCGGAGUGGAUCAACCGUGUUUAAGCGUCUAUCUCCCCGGGCGUUCGGCUCAGACGAGCACCCCGAUUCUUCAGGAUUUACCGGAGUUUUUUUAUAAUGUUGGAACAAGCUGUGAUAAAGCAGUGUAGACGUUACUAAAGAGUUGUAUCACCUGACCAUCACAAGUGACAAGUUCAGCAUGUCCAAGAACAGUGUCCGUCCCUUAAUAGAGGACGAUGACAGCAGCAAGAUGUCAUCUGAAAGCUACCCUUCCAACGCCUACGAGAUGACCACGCCCAACGAGAUGACCACGCCCAACGGGAGGUCAUCUGUCAAUACAACCCAAGACAUCGUCAUACGGAGAGCGAAGAGCAUACCAAUAGACUCCACACAAGACUUUGUCAACCUUGAAAAUGGACACAAAGGGACAAGCGACAACGACGAUGACGACAUUCAGUUGACAUUCUACGAGGCCAUGUCACCGCUGCUUAAAUUUAUACAGGCCAUGGGGCUGUGGCAUGCUGAGAUUAUCAACCCUCCAAAAGUGAAAACAAAAACCCGAAAAUUUUUCAACUAUCGCAAUUACUCCAUCCUCGUCCUCAUAUUCCUAUGGACGAACUUCAUUCGUUUUAUUCCCGCCUUUUUCAUCGGGCCAGAGCUCGCUCCAGAACGGCUGUAUUUCAAGAUCAUCUACGCCACUGUCCUUUUUCAGAGCGCCCUCAACGCCACAGUAAUCCACUGGGCGACUUCGACGAAGACUAUGCUCCGCGAUUACUUCGUGCACUUCGAGAGGAAAAUCCAGAUGGACAGCGAGAAUAAACUUGACCUAGUCUGGCUGCGGAAGCGAUGUAAGAUCUUCACCGGCAUCGCCAUCACGUACAUCGUGUUCCACUUCUUGAACCAAACCGUCGGAGUUUUCGGACCGAUCGAAUCCGUCCGGAACUCAACUAAUAUCUUCGUCGCUCCCUUCAACCCUCAUCCAGUCAUCCAUCUUCUCUGCGUCUUCCUCAACAUCUUCGACUUCGCAGCCUGGAUCUUCCCUCUACUUUAUUUCCUCCUGACGUGCAACAUCAUGUCCAGGCUGUUCACCUCCUUCGACGAGCGUUUCGGUGACGCGAUCGAGAAGGCAGCUGACAGCAAGAAGUUCCCGCCGGGAUUUGAGCGACUUCGCCUGCAGCAUCAGUGUCUCUGUGACUCGGUCGAGUUGGGCAAUGACGGUGUUUUCAUGUACAUCAAUUUGAUCACAUAUCUAACUAUGGGUCCACUGGCGUGCUUCAUGUUGUACCAACUAGUGUUUGCCUCUAACAUUCAGGGUAAUUUGUCUGCCUAUUUAAUGUACAGCAUCUGGCUGACGUCCAUCUUUUUCAAUAUCUGCGUGGUGUCUUGGUAUGCAGCCGUCAUGAGCUCUAAGGCUCAUGAUCCGAGAAGUAAAUGCUACGGUGUGUACACAGAGAACAAAGUCACCAAUGAACAGACCAUGCAGAUGCAUAUGAUACUCGCCAGGCUAAAUGGAGAAGAUGUUGGAUUCACUAUAUUUGAUUUAGUUACCCUAACUAAACCAUUCAUCUUAACUAUUGGAGGCUUGGUACUGACGUAUUACGCAAUCAUAUCAGAGUUCCAGUGAGCUGUUCAUGGUCGCUAAUAUCCGAUUGGUGGCGCCCUGUAUUUACACCAGCGCAAGCUGUGUAUGCAAUUAUUCCCCGCGAGGAAAUUUGUUUCGAAAGGUGUUUAGUCAGUACCUCUAUUUUUUUAAGGCCUUUCUGUUGGAAAUUAACCGGCUAUAAUUAUUUUUGUGAGAGCUGUAAAGUAAUGCAGAAGCUCGUGGCAUUAAACAUCGGCUUCUAAAUGUGUUGUAUGUGUCUUUUGUAUUGUUAUUCUUUUAUAACUUACUUGAGGUUUUUAAAACGAUAAAUGUCUAUAAAAUAAAAUAAAAUUGUAAAUAUUUAUAUGCCAUGUAUAUAAAGUGUUGAUAUGUUUUUCAUUAUUAGCUUUUUUGUGACAAGUAAGUGCGUUACUGUAGUCAUCACUUUUGACCAGAGCCGUAUAAUAUUCAGAACUUUUUCGUGAAAAUUAACGGUCUCUUAAACUACAUGAUAUUUCAAAGGCAUGGGUCUUUCUCAGGCAUGUGAAAGCACACAAUUCAAUGCAAAAGGGUUGUUUAUAACAACUUUGAUGAACAUGGAGCCCCAAGUUUCACAGGUUCGUUAUUUUAUGCAUGUUUACACCGCAGUUAUGGUUUGGAGUGAUAACACUGAUCUUUUAAACCAUAACCAAAUUGUAUACCCUGCCUUUCAACCUCCUAGCAAGUUCAUUCAAAAUGAUAAAUAUCACACUCGCCAAUUGUAACAAAAUAAGUUGUUUAUAAAUAAAUUGACCAAUUUUCUUAUCUGUUUUUAGCUGGAUUGGUGUACAUAACUUCUAAUAUUUAUUCAUGAAUAUAUUAAAGCAACAUCAUUUCAUAUUUUAUGUCAAGAAUCUGCCAGGUACUUUUGUUAAAUACCGAGUUUUCCCAAGGCAAUAUUAUUUGCUUGUUGAUUUUUUGGCGUCCCAUUUAACAUAGUGUAGACCACAUCACCAUUGUUUAAGAAGAAAGACAGACCCUCUGAGCACUCCAUGAUACUCCAUGGCAGGCAAGAUAGUACACCGUUGAUACAGGUGCAUGUAUCUUGAAAUAAACAAAGAAUGUUCAAGUAAAAGUGGGAACAAAAUCAGCAAAUGAACAAGACUAUGCGCCGACCAUUUCUAGAGAAUGUCGGUAAAAAUCGCCAAAACAGGCGAUGUGUAUUUUGAUUUUUCUACAGUUCAGCUGUGUACACAAUGUGCCAACACGGAGACCAGCCGUCAAUUUCACCAAACUUUUCCAAACUUAUUAUUAAGUUGAACACCCAUCAGGGUGCGCCUUGAACACCCAGCAGGGUGGAUAUGUGCGCAUUAC